AUGCAGACCACUCGAAGCUCUUUCCAGAUCCCUCAGAGCUCCUCAGGCAGCUCCCUCGUCCCCUCAAAUCUUGCUGCCCUAGCCGACCCACCUGCACGCUAUGUCGACGGUCCCGCGAUGGACUACUUCGUCUUCGAAGCGGUAAAUACGCUACGCGCCUCUGCUGCCGUCGCGCUGGCGCGCACGAAGAAGCUCGAGGCGGAGAUGAUUGAGGCGGGGCUGCUUCCCCCUCCGCCUCCUCCGCCGCAGUCGCUGAAGAACAAGGAGCCGAAUCCGAGGGACUCGGUGACGAGCUUGAAGAGUGCGAGUGGGAAGGCGCAGCUGCCGCUGGAUGAUGAGGAAGAGGCACUGCGCGCAAGGCUGGAGGCGAUUGGGAUGCACGUGGGGGCAAACUUUACGGAAAGGCUAUGUCGCGACCGACCACUAUUCACGGAGACGCUGGACGCGAUCAAGUUCAUCUGCAAAGACAUUUGGGCUGCAUUCUGGGAUAAACAAGUCGACAACCUGCGUACGAAUCAUAGGGGUGUAUACGUCCUGCAAGAUAAUCACUUCAAGCCCAUCAUCCGAAUAUCCUCAUACGAGGGUCGCGCAGACGCAUUAAGACGAGCAAAGAUCUACACCGCCAUGCCCGCAGGCAUCAUCCGAGGAGCGCUAUCACGAAUGGGCUACAACGCAACCGUCACGCCUGAGAUCACCUCCCUUCCGCAAUGUACAUUCCAGAUUAAGCUCCCUAAGGGUAGCUGA